UGUAGUCACAAGUACAGCCAGAGGACGAAGGAGAAGCAAGUGGCAAAGAGUGAAGAAAACCAGGCAGUGGAAGGGAAGGUUCAGCUGCUUGCGUUUAAGGUUGCUCAGCUGCGGCACCAGCAGAGAGCACGCAAGUGGAUACUCAGCUCUCCCCCUGGAAUAGCGAGGCUGGGGCAGCAGAGCAGCAGGAAGGACCCGCAGAGCUGUUGUGCAGAGCUGUCGCUGUCAGGCUGGCGAAGACGGGAACACUCAAAAGAAAAGCAUCGGGAGUGUCCUGAUAGGUACAAGUGAGGUUUUGUUCACGUGCCAUGGCUCACUUCUGCCAGCCCUGAAAGUGCUGUAAAAGGUGAAACAAACCCACAGGUGUACCGAUGGAAAAGACAGGAGACACACAGAGUUGCCAGAACAAGAGUGAGGAAGACAUCCCAAAGAGUUCCCCAUUUGACUUUGUUAUAAAACAGUUCCAAGGGAAGAGAUCCUCUUCCGGAAAAAGAAAAGAGCAGCCUUCAGCCAUCCAGAAGUUCUUCAGUGGCUUUGACUUUGGGAAAUCAGAAGGCAAGGAAAGACAAGAAAUUGAAGAAACAGAAAUAAACAACUGUAGAGCUGAUGAUCAGAGUGAGAAGGAAAAUCUCUCGGUAGAAGAUGAAUCUUCACAGCUGAUUUCUGAAGCAGAGUCACCAUCUGGUGAGCAGAGAUUGAACCAGUUCAUGCAGAAACUGGGAAAGAAACCCAACAGCAAGAACCUGGAUCUCAAUAAUUGUGCAUUAAGUGCAGCAGAUGUAACAGAGCUGGCUUCUUUACUGCCAUUUCUCCCAGAGCUGGAAGAGAUCAGCCUGUCCUGGAAUGGUUGUGUUGGAGGGACUUUGAAAACCCUCACUGCUCAGUUCCAUCAUGUGAACCUGCUAAAAGUCCUUCGACUUAACAACUGCAGGCUGUCAGCUGAGGAUGUCACCUCCUUAGGAGAGGCAUUUGAAAUUGUUCCUCAGCUUGAAGAACUGGAUUUAUCAUGGAACAGCAAUAUAGGUGGCAAACUAUCACUCCUGACAAAAAAACUUCGGAAGGGAUGCAAGAUUAAACUCCUGAAAAUUACAGAUUGUAACCUGACGGCCAGAGAUGGAGAAUCCCUCGCUGAAAUACUAAAUGUGCUCCCAAACCUUGAAGUAUUAGAUCUCUCUAUCAACAAACACAUUGGCUGCAGCAUGAAGGUCAUUGCUCAGGAUCUGAGAAAUGUACCGGGCCUCAAGGAGUUGAACUUGCACAUGUGUGGAUUAAAGCAGGACGGCCUCCAGGGCUUAGACACUGCUUUACAGCACCUUACAGCACUGAGAAAAUUAGACAUAUCGUGUAACAAAGAGAUUGGUGGUGGCUUUAAAGACUCAGCAGCUCAUUUGGCCAGCUUGAAAAAUCUCGAAGUCCUUGACCUCCACCAGUGCUGUGUAACAGAAGAAGACGUGACCGUUUUGUCCCAGGUGAUACCUUUACUCUCCAGUCUUCAAGAGCUGAAUUUAUCCUGGAAUAAAAACAUAGGAGUCUCAUCUGAUCCUCUUCUCGGCAGACUCAGAUUUUUACCGAAGUUGAGAUCUGUGGCCAUCAGCAAUUGUGGAUUAGGCAAGGAGUCCUUUUCAUCACUGGCUGAGGCUGCCCUUCACCUUCCUGAACUGGAGAUAUUAGACCUUUCUUGGAAUAAGUGCGUUGGUGGAAACCUAAAGCUGCUUUUGGGAGCACUAAAGCUUGCAACGGAGAUUCAAGUGUUAAGACUGAGCAGCUGUAACUUGGUGGCUGAAGAUUUGGCGCUUCUAACAUUACUGUCACACGAUGGCCACCUAGCCAGGUUACAGAAGCUGGAUUUGAGUUACAAUAACACCAUCUCUGAUGAAGGGUGGAUGGUUUUCUGUCAAGGCUUAACAGUAUUCAAAGAACUCUCAGAGCUGGAUGUCAGUCUUCGUCCAUCGUCCUGCCGUGCCUGUGGGACGUGGUUCAGUGAGUUGUUAGCAGCACUGACAAAGCUGCCUGCAUUGGCAGAGCUGGGCAUGCAAAGAUGGGUCCUUUCAGAAUCGCAGCGUAAACAGCUGGAAGGCUUUAAUCGAGACAACAAAAGAAACAUUCGUUUUGACUGUUGAUGGAGGCUGGAGGUUUCUGGAAAGCCUUUCACAAGCAACAUAUGAACUAAGUAUUGCGUGUCUCUCACUUAGAAAACUGCUUGAAAUAGUUCCAAAUUUAUAUAAAAAACAGUUAUUCAACUUCCUACACACGUAGAUUAUUCCCCUCGAUAACAUAUUCUUUCAGAUUCUCUGGGCCAUGCUUACUCUGCUAUUGUGACACCACUGAAUGUGCUUAAGCUUCCAGUUGUGAAUACUGCAAUGACUGAUACCAAAGGAGCAGUGACAAUUUCAGAUAGAUACGUGGCAGGUUUGCCAGUGCAAGGAAAUGAGUGGAGUAUGCACUAAUGCAGAUGGAUGGGCAGUGUAAUUACACAUACAAGGAAGAUGUUUCUAAUGCAAAAAUAUCUGAAACUCUGUGUUUUAAAAUUUUGUUCCCCCUCCC